AUGGCUAAGACAGUUGAGCAUUGCUUGAGUAGUUGGGGUUUGAAUCGGGUCCUUAGUUUAACAGUUGAUAAUGCCUCAUCGAAUGAUGUUGGAAUCCAAUAUCUCAAGAAGAGGCUAAUGUCAUGGAACAGUUUGGUUAUGAAGGGAGAUUAUGUUCACAUGCGUUGUUGUGCACAUAUUCUUAAUUUAAUUGUGAAAGAUGGAUUCAAAGAAAAUAUUGAUGCUGUUGUGAGAAUUCGUGCCGCUAUCAAAUAUGUAAGAUCUUCCCCUUCUAGGCUAUCUAAAUUCAAGGCAUGUGUUGAGCAACAAAACAUUGAAUUUAAAGGGCUUGUUUGCCUAGAUGUUGAAACCAGGUGGAAUUCUACAUACUUAAUGUUGGAAGCUGCAUUAAAACAUCAAAAGGCAUUUGAAGAGCUUGAGAUGCAAGAUAAAAAAUACAUUGAAGAGUUGGAAAAAGGGAAGGGUGUUCCUACAUUUGGUGAUUGGGAGUUUGUGCGUGGUAUCUUACCAUUUUUAAAUUUGUUUUAUGAUGCUACUAUGCGUAUCUCUGGUUCAUCUUAUGUGACUAGCAAUAUGUACAUGUUUGAGGCCUUCGGGAUUGGAAUAAAGAUUAAGCAAAUGUGUGCUUCCAAGGAUGUGAUUAUAACGAUGCCUUAUGAUUGGCUGACGUCCUUUCGACGUUGGUGGAGUAUCCCGGUUAUCCUUAUUCGGGUGACUCUUUUUGAUUUUCUUGGUUUUGUUGCUUCCGGACGAAUCGCUUCCCUAGCCCGAUUCCUGCCCUGCAUGGUUGACCAAUCCAGACCCAUUAUGUCCCUACUAAAGAAAGCCACCAAGUUUAAGUGGACCGAUGAAUGUGAAUCUGCUUUCCAAAACUUCAAGACAAUACUAGCCGCUCCACCGUUGCUAGCCAAACCGGACCCUCAACUGGACAUGAUAGUAUACCUUUCGGUCUCAGACAAAGCCAUCAGCACUGUAUUAGUGCAAGAAAAAACAGAGCAGAGGCCGGUAUACUUCAUCAGCAGGGUCUUACAAGAGGCCGAAACGAGAUAUCAACAUCUCGAAAGGACCGUUCUCGCUCUUGUGCAUACAGCCAGACGUCUUCGACACUACUUCCAAAGCCACAGGAUACUGGUCCGAACAGAUAGCCCCAUUGCAAAAGUCCUACGAAAGCCCGAAUUGGCCGGAAGGAUGGUUGCUUGGUCCAUCGAAUUAUCGCAAUUUGAUAUUCGUUUUGAGCCAAGGGGACCCAUCAAGGCGCAAUGUAUGGCCGACUUCAUCAACGAAUUCACUCCGCCAGUAACCCCUGAGCCACACUCCUGGACACUACACGUAGACGGAUCGUCCAACCAACACGGUAGCGGCGCCGGUAUCAUUUUGGAAGGACCGGGGACAAUCAUAAUAGAACAAUCAUUGCAGUUUGGAUUCAAAGCCUCUAAUAACCAAGCAGAAUACGAGGCCCUUCUCGCGGGACUAAGGUUGGCCACCGAACUCGGCAUCACUAAGCUCCAGUGCUUUAGCGAUUCACAAGUGGUAACAGGGCAAGUUAACGGCACUUUCCAGAUCAGAGAUCCGACUUUGCUAUUGUAUUUUCAUGCUUUCCAUAAGCUAAGAAGCAACUUCGAAGAGGUCCGAGUCACACACACUCCCCGGGAACGCAACGUUAGGGCCGACCAACUAGCUAAACUCGCUAGUAACAAGAAAAAUAGCCAUUUGCGUAGCAUGAUACAACAAGAGUUACUUAGCCCGAGCAUCAAUGAAACUGAAUGCCUGAAGAUUGAUCAGGGAAGCCCGUGUUGGAUGGAUGCCAUAGUAAACCACCUUCGGACCGGGGAAUUGCCCGAAGAUUCCCUAGAAGCGAAGAAGAUGAGGACCACAGCCGCACGGUAUACGUUGAUUGCCGGAGAGUUGUAUAAGCGAGGCAUUUCCACCCCCUUGUUGAAAUGCCUCACUCCCGAGCAGGCAAGCUAUGUUCUCCGAGAAAUUCAUGAAGGAGUGUGCGGAACUCAUUCUGGAAGCCGGACUCUCGUGACAAAAGUGAUUUGGGCUGGUUACUACUGGCCCACUCUGAAAACCGAUUGUGCCAAGUUUGUACAACAUUGCAGGCAGUGUCAACAACAUGGACCUCUGACGCAUCAACCUCCAGAGGAGCUCCAUCCUAUAACCACUCCAUGGCCAUUCUCUGUUUGGGGCAUGGACAUUCUCGGACCAUUCCCGCCGGGUAGGGGACAAGUGAAAUUCCUGGUAGUAGCAGUAGAUCACUUCACUAAGUGGAUCGAAGCAGAAGCGUUGGCUACCAUUACGGCCAACAAUGUCCAAAAGUUCUUCUGGAAGAAUGUCGUCACACGUUUCGGAAUCCCAUACGCCUUGAUAACAGAUAAUGGUCUACAAUUCACCGAUCGACGCUUCAACGAAUUUUUGACCGAGUUAGGUGUCAAACAUAAGAUGACCUCGGUCGAACAUCCCCAAUCCAACGGGCAGGCUGAAGCGGCAAACAAAGUCAUCUUAAAGGAGUUAAAACGACGACUUGGACAAGCUAAGGGAUCCUGGCCGGAUCACUUACCGGACAUCCUAUGGGCAUACCGGUGCACCCCACAGAGUUCAACCAGAGAGACCCCUUUCCGGCUGACCUACGGCACAGAUGCAAUGAUUCCGGUUGAGGUGGGGGAGCCUUCGCUAAGGCGAACACAGUUCGAUGAAGACACCAACCGGAAGCACUCAACAUUGAGAUGGAUUUGGUAG